GGCCGACUGUGGUGGCCGACGUGUUUGUUGCACACAAGAGAGGACUUCAAGUGAACCCCCCCCCUCCCCACACACACACCUCCUCCCGGGCUUCAGACAAAAGAAUCCGUGACUGUGACGUCCACGAGGGGGGUCUUUUUGGAGAUUUGAGCCAAAGCAAAACCUUGGCAUGCACGCACAUUUAAAGCGGCUGUGAAGGAGGGAGCUGUCCGCUUAUGACCUGCUGCUAAUGCACGCUGAACAUCUGCAACAAAUCAACUCUAGCCUCGUCGAAUUUGCUGUGAGGGGCAUUGGUAGAAGGAAGCAGGGGGAGGUGGGUUUGAGGGAUUUUUUCUUGCAGGCUUUUUCUUAGCAACACUGCAGACUCUAUCCUUCUUGUGGACUUUGCACACACACACACAAGUCAAGAUUAGAUGUGAAGGCGUGAGGGCAGCAAGAAAAGGACCCAAGGAACCAACAUCCGAAAGUCAAGCUGCAGCCAACCGGAGCCAGUGGAAUGGACCUCAGGGUAUGUCGGAUCGAUCCAAGCAUACCGGAGGAAGGCUGAGGAGUUGGCGACUGGUGAAUGAGGAUGAACGGAGAUGUUCUUUAGCUAAAGAUCAAGACAACGCCCUCGCCUCUUCUGCAUUUGUGUGACUUGCAAGCGAUCCGCUGGAGGAGGAGGUGGUGGCAGCCGUGGAGGAGGCGGUUCCGAGGAACCACGGAGCUUCUCCCGAGGACAGGCGAGGGAACAGCCGGGACCCGGAGGAAGGACGAGGGUCGGAACCCGCCGAGGGGGAGGGCGGAGGAGUAGCGGCGGGCACCGGGUGUCACAUGGCUGUGCAGAGGCUGGUGGCUGCGGCGGUCGCGGUCGCACUGCUGUCCCUGGUCCUAAACAAUGUGGCCGCCUUCACCCCUAGCUGGGUCCUGCAAGCCCUGGAAGAUGGGCGUAAGAGGAGUGUGGGACUGUGGAAGAUGUGCCCCACCGGAGGGGAGAGGGGCCGGGAUGAGCUCCAGGCGGGGCGAAGGGCUCAGGUGGCACAGAGACAAUGUGAAGGUCUGGGAUGGGGCUCUGAGUAUGCUGGCUAUCAAGAAUCCCGCAGCUCUGUCAAACUGCAGUUCGACAUGAUGCGGGCGUGUAACCUCAUGGCGACCGUGGCCCUGACGGCGGGUCAACUGAUCUUCCUCCUAGGCCUGAUGGAGCUGCCCUUCAUCACGCCAGAAUCUCAGUGGUGGGAGGAGGCCAUUGCUGCACUCUUCCAGUUAGCCAGUUUUGUGCUGGUGAUUGGACUAGUGACCUUCUACAGGAUUGGGCCAUACACACACUUGUCCUACUCCUGCUAUGUGGACAUUGCCGCGUGCCUGCUGGCUACAAUGGCGGCGGCCAUGCUCAUCUGGAACAUUUUACACCGCCGUGACGAUUGCCUGGCGCCGCGGGUCAUCAUCAUCAGUCGCGCGCUCACGUCCCCUUUCCACCCCCGCCUGGACAACGAUUACGUGGAUUCGCCGUGUUGAGCAGAAAAUCCUCUGCUCAAUCUUUGGGUUUCCGGUGGCUCAACAUACAUCGACGUAAAACGUGCUUGGUUUGCUGCUCUGCAACUGUUGGACGUAGUCAAUAUUUCCUUUAUGAUUUCUUGGUGGCUACAUUUGGACCAGGCCUGAGAUGUUUAAAGUCCCGCCAAGCAGAAGAUCAAGCUGGACCUUGAUUAUUUUACGUGCACUUACUCAAAAGUCCUCUUCCAUGACUAUGAAUUGGAGUU